GGCACAGAGAUAGACAAGCCAGACAUGUGGCUGACAUUCCAGGAGAGGGUCACCAAGGUGCUGGAGAGCAUCUCGUCGGAGCCGUACAAGAUACACAAAAUCAACUGUGACAGGAUCCGAGCACAGAUAAAUAUAGCUCUGUGUGAGUACAACAUGACCAUGAGUCAAUCACAGCCCCACUCCCAGAGAAGGCUGAGGUCAUCUAGUGGAUCUGACAUAAGUGUCUCUUUGGCAGAUGUCAAGCUCAGGGAGAAAAGCAAACAAUCCAAGAACGCAGACGUACGGUCAAGGGAGGUUUUUCUCAUCGACGACAUUCACGUCACAGGGGCAGACACUACUGUCAUGGGAGACGACUAUGUAUUUGUAUGUGAGACAACUCCCGCUGAUGAUUUGCAGCUCAGGAUUAAAAGUGAUUAUUUCGCCAUGGAUAGGCAAAGUGUGGAUCUGAAAAGGUGGUCGUCCUUUCCCUCAACAAGCGGCCUCCCAGAUGAGGCUCGGUCAGAAGAUGUUAGCAGUGGGGACUCGGCCCUCAAGUUUUCACCGGCCAAGAUGUCGGUGGGACAACAGCAGCUGACUGAGCAGCUGGCUCUCAGCUGUUUGAUGAAACAUGUAGAAAACUUGAAGGUGUAUAAUCAGGUGGCUUUCCGGGAAGUGGUAGAGAGCCUUGGCAAAUAUCUGGGUCCUUCAAAUUUAGAAGACACGUCUUCACAGGAGCAGACUGAGCUUCUGUGGAAAUCGUACGAACGUUCAUUUUGUCAGGUAUGUACUGUAUCAAUGUUUCAAAAAAAAUAUUCUGCCAUUUUUGCUUAAAAUAAUUAUAUUCGCGGUUUAAUGAGUUGACAUGUUAAAAAUUUUUUAAAGAUUAUAUGAUAAGCUAAAAAUUUAAGUUUUUAUUUGAAGAAAAAUACUCAUCUCUAAACUUUAGUUUUUUUGUUGUUUUUAUGAUUUUACUAUCAGUACUUUUUUUUUCCCUUAACAAAAAGCCCUUUGUUUAAAAUAUGCUUUACUGUCAUAGGAAUAAUGAUCAAUUUGCCAUUGUACAUUUCUUGCUUGAUUUAAAAAAAAAUCUUCAACCUUUAAUAAGUUGAAAAUCUUUACUAAUUGUUUGGUUGCUUCCAUGAUUUAUUUGUAUAUAAUUUUGGUAAAGUUUCAAAAUGGACACUUUCAUCUUUCCAGGAAAUCUUGCCUGAUCUGACAAAUCUUUACACUACUGUGCUUUAUGCCGGAAGUCAGAGUGCAUACCAGGCGCUGUCUAAAGCCCCACUGCAAGAACUUCUCAAAGGGGAUAAAAUCCUGAAUCUCUUUUUCGGAACCCAGCCAAACAGCAUCAUGAAAGGUAACGUGAACAAUUCUAAGUCCAGGCCCGUGGAUGCAAUAUCUAUUGCCAAAACCGUUUCAUCGCUAAGCUUGGAUGUCCGCCACUACGACAUCAACGACUUGUACAAUCUGGCGAAUGCUGAUAGCAGUGACCUUAUAACUCAUUUUAUGCUGGAGGAUACUGAUGAGGCAGACGAACAUGCUUUUGAUGGGAGCAGCUCUGGAUCCUCUGAUAAUUUCUAUUUCCCGGGGUCUUCACCCCUGUCUGGUGAGGACAAUGUAGGUUCUGGUGGCUUACUCGGGUCACAUGUUAGUGACUCCGACAUUCCAACAACUGAUGAUUCUGACAGUAAUUCAGAAAAUUGGAAUGGACUGUACACCCCAGAACAAAUUAUAGAGGUCUUGGAUCCAGUUCUUUCCCCUUUCAGGAGGUAUGUUAAAAAAUGCCUGGAUGCCAACUGCUUUCUUGAUAAAGUUCGAUACAUCACAAAAGCCAUUCAAGAUCUGAACCAGGACAUCUCACGGCUUUACGGCCCGGAGCAUCAGUCUGCCUGCGAUGAUAUUAUAACUAUGCUGAUCUUAGCCUUGUCUAACAUGCCAGAAGAUAUUUUCAUCGGUUUGUAUGUGAACCUGCGCCUCCUGAUGGACAUUCUGCCACAGUUUCUCAGUGGGACGCUGUACGACUACAAUCUGGUGUCCCUCUGUGCUUCAUAUGACUACCUGUUCACCAGGAAUGUAUGUGUGAAAGUGCUGAAGCGUUAUCCUGGGAGCUUCAAGGUCAGACCCAGUCAAUAA